GUCCGUCGAAACGCCUCCGUUGUCGCGCGACCAUUACUCCUCCGAGUCAUCGGUGACCCGUCGAUGUUUUAACGGGCCAACACUGUGGAUGUAAAAAAUAAAAAAAUAAAAUAUGUAAAUCAGUGGUCGAUUUGAAAAUGCGACCUUAGAAGAGUAGUUGUAUUUUGGUAAAAUAAUUGUUCACGGAUUUCUACAGUUAACACCAACGUUAGUAAUGUUUAAGACAGUUCGGGCCCAACAUGGUACCGGAGACUUGGCGGCCGAACUCGAGUACACUAUACUGCCACAGACGGACGACCGGUCUUCAGUGUCCAGUGGCGAUGAUGAACCGUGCACGAGCGACGGUCGCCGGCGUUCCGGUUACCGUCCGUCUGAGUACGGCGACAGUAACCGGCGGACCGUGAUUCUCAUCGUGGUCAUGUUAGUGUUGGGCUGCGGCGUCGUGGCCGCCGCCGUGUUGGUGCCCAUACUGUUGGCCACACGGUUGGUGGGCAUGCCGACGUCCGCGAGGUUGCAGACAUUCGCGGUGGCUGCGUCCGGCGUCGUACACUCGUCCCGAGGCGAUUACGUGCAGCUUCUGCCGGUCAAGCAAGCGCCGCCCGGCACCGUCAUCGAAUUCGACAGGCUGUCAUCGCUGCCGUCACCGCCACCGUCACAACCGGCACAGCCGUCUGGCCGUCGGGCGAAACGAUCUGCCGCCGCGUUGACGGCCAAACGACGCCGGAAGUGGCACGAAAACAACUAUUUCCGGAGAUCCGGCGCUGAUUUCCGUUCGUUGGACUUCCGGAUUCCAUAGCGUUGGCAUCAACAACAACAAAAACGAUAAGAAUACAUAAUGUCCUAUUUGAUUAACCGUUGUCUUUGCGGGCAGUUGAACUCGCUUAUACAUACGAACAGGAAAACUCGACACCGGACUCAUUACCGUAAACGCUUCGAUGGAAACACAAAUUGAACUGCACAACAUAAUAAUAUUGUAACGGUAAUAAUAUCCAAACAAAGAAGCGUUUUCCAAGGAUAGCGCAAUUCGUUUACUCGGUUGACUUGUGUGUCAAAAACUUUUAUAUUAAGCGUUCCAUGUACUUAGUUGUUUGUAUACAUAUAUGAAAGUAAAUUUAUUAAAAACUUAAAACUAUAUACAUAAUAUUAUAUUCAU